CAGACGGAAAUCAAGACGACGCACAGUCAUCCUUUGCUGAAUCGAGAAACGGUACAGAGUGAACUUGAAGGCAGGAUUCCGGCACCGGAAAAAGCAACGGAGUCAGACACUCCGAUGGUUGAGCUGAAGAGAGUGACAAUACGGAAUAGCCAUGGCGAGAAUCUUAUAGGACUAUUACGCGAAACCGGGUCGCUAGAAAUUGCAAUUGUCUGCCAUGGAUUCCGAUCCUCAAAGGCGUAUCUUAGGAUCGCAUUCCUAUGGUGAACCUUGCCCUAGCUUUCGAGAAAGAGGGAUUGAGUGCCUUCCGUUUUGACUUUGCCGGUAAUGGGGAGAGUGAAGGGUCAUUCCAAUAUGGCAAUUAUUGUAGAGAAGUUGAAGAUUUACGGUCUGUAAUCGAGCAUUUUCGCAGGGAAGAACGUCUCAUUGCGGCAAUUAUUGGUCACAGUAAAGGAGGGAAUGUUGUGCUUUUGUAUGCUUCAAGGUAUGGUGAUGUACAAACAGUUGUCAAUAUGUCCGGUCGAUUCGAUUUAAGGAGAGGGAUUGCAGGUCGAUUGGGAAAAGACUUCCAAGAAAGAAUCGAGCAGCGUGGGUAUAUUGAUGUCAAAAAUCGGAAAGGAAAAACUGAAUAUCGAGUAACAAAGGAAAGUUUAACUGACCGUCUAGCAACUGAUACUCUUGCGGCUUGUCGAACUAUUCCCCGAAGUUGCAGGGUGUUAACAGUUCACGGCACGCAAGAUGAAAUUGUCCCGGUCGAAGAUGCAUUUGAGUUCGACAAGCAUAUCCCGAAUCAUAAGGUGUGCAUAGUCGAUGGGGCUGAUCAUGAAUACACCGAGCUUCAAUCCGACUUGGCUUCGAUUGUGCUCGACUUUGUGAAUACGGCACGUGCUCAUGGCAAUGGCAAUAAGCCCCUGCCUGAACCAACCUUGCCGGUGCCGGGCUUUGGAGUUCGAAGGAUCGACAAUUCUCGGCUUUAAAGGUUCUGUUUUUUUUUUAAUAAAUUUUUCUGUCUUUUGUUCACGCAAUCAUCGUGCAAGAGACAAGAUGUUAAUUUGUUUUUUGUACAUUGAUUUUUUUUAUUUAGUAUUAUAUUCUUAUAUAAGUAUAAAUUAAGAAGAAAAAAGCCAACUUACUAUC